AUGGUUCGUCUUAUAGCUGCUGUUGCCGUAGCCUUUGCUACCAUCUCCGUGGCGCAGUCGUCAGGCGACGACGGCAAGCAGGGCAACCAGCCUGUCGGCAACGCGGAUCAACCAGAGCCUCCCAGCGCACAAGGCCCGGACGCUGAGAGGCCGUGGCUGGACGCGGCGAAGGAAUCCCUCGCCGAGGUUCAGUCGCUGCUGGACCAGUUGAUUCGCAAUCCACCAACACCACCCCAGGAUCCCGGCAACCAGACUGAGCCGAACUCUGACAAGAAGCCCGAGCCGGGUCAGAAGCCGGAGGAAAGGAAGCCGGAGGCAUAG